GAACUUCAACAAGUAUAAUAUACUGUCCCCAUUGAUAUGUGCUUUCUUGAAUUUUCUUUACAACCCUUGCCAAGUCAUUUCCCCUCUCAAAAUCUUGAAUCUUGGCUGACUGCCCACAGGCAAGGAACAAAGAAUUUCUGUUUUUAAAUAGUUGGUUUAUUUUAAAAGCAUUCACUGACAGUAGUAGGCAAAAUAAAGGGGGGAGGGGGCACUGAAAAAAAAGUCAGGAUGCUUUAAUAUGUACCAAAAAGUACUUCAGCAGAUUCCUUAGACAUAACGCACAGUAAAAACAUUUGUUGGCAGAAAGUAUAAAAUAAAAACAAUGCAAUUAGGAUUACAUGCAUUCAAAAUAGAAACAAGUCAACAGUAUUUCUAAAAUACUGAAAUACAAAAGGUAAUCUAGUGUUUGGGCACUCAGAUGAUUUUAUACCAGAGACACUGUAAACUUGAUGCGUGGGUUUCAAGUCUAAAGCAAUAUGUUUUUGCUUUCAACUUGAAGUCUAGCUAGCAAACAAAAUAGUUGUGUGCUGUUUUUAGAAGCCUGUAGGAGGUAAAACUCUUCCUGGUUUAAGAUAUGUUUGAGGUAGUCUCAGCAGCGACAAUAUCUGCCUGCUUGGUGAGCUGUGACUUUUGUUGUCCUAGAUAUCCUUUGGCUGCAUUGAGAGACAGGGACUGGCUGGAGCACACAAGGAGAUUUUUCUUCUUUCUUUGUUGCAGCACUGUAGAAGAAUAGGUAUUCUUGUACAGAGCUCCCUGAAGAUGUCUGGCUUACAUUGCUUCAAACUGUCUGGACACUUGCUGUUUAACUGCUGAAGCUUUCCUACCAUUUGUUUUUUUCCUGAAGCCUUAAUCUAUUGAGGGAUCAGAAUUGCCUGCUAUGGAAUCAAGACCAACCAAAACAUGAGAAGAUGUAUUCAAGACGAUACAGACAGAAAAUUUUUCACUUCAUAGAAAUCUUAUUUUUAUUUAAUAUGUGAUACAAUUUUACAAAGCCAAGUUCAAUUACUUAUUCUGAAAUUAAGACACACCUGUGGCCUUCAUCAGAAAUGUUUCUAACAUUUUCAAGAAAAAAUAUGUCCCAGAAACUGAGUAUGUUUUUACUAGUUUUCGGAAUUAUUUGGGGUUUGAUGUUGCUACGCUACACUUUCCAGUAUCCAAGACGACAAAGUAGUGCCGAGCUGCGUGGACAGAUACUAGAUCUAAGUAAAAGAUAUGUCAAAGCACUGGCAGAAGAAAAUAAAAAUUUAAUGAAUGGUGGCGGUGGAGCCUCUAUGGCAGGAUAUGCUGACCUUAAGAGAACAAUUGCUGUUCUUCUGGAUGACAUCUUACAACGCCUUGUGAAAUUGGAAAACAAAGUUGAUUACAUCGUUGUCAAUGGCUCAGCAACAAAUACUACUAAUGGAACUAGCAAUCAGGUGCCAGUAACUUCAAAUAAACGUGUAAAACCAGCAAGCAACAUUAGAUAGCAAACAGGGCCACUUUGUGUUGCUACAUCUGUGAUAGGUAAUAUUUAAGAUAAGCUUUUUAUCUCUGGCUAGGGCAAAGCAGUAGCUGACUCUAAAAAGCAUAAACUAUUCUAUUAUACAAUGUGCUGGAUCUCUAUACGCCUAACACAUGUCCAUAGGUUCUCAAAACAUUAUUUCAUUGCCUUUGAGCAGUACUUCUGAAGUGAUCUUUGUUGUCUUUAAAGGUAUUUUGAUAUGAUUUGAUGUAGUAUGCCAUUGGGUAAUAACAAUAAAUGGAAGGCGAUGGGGAACUUAUAGGUAGGUUUCUAAAUAUAUUUAUUUAAGCAUAAAUAUAACAUAUCUUUUGGAUAGGUGAGCAGUGUUGUAGCUUACUCAUUUUUUGUGAUCUGCGUUAAGCUGAGGUAACUGAGGAAAACGCAUUGUUAAACAGAUGUUAGAAAAUGCGUAUACUUAUAAUAUUUUGCUACUUAUUUACUAAAAUGAUCUUAAAUUAAGGAUAGCAUUGGCAGUAAUAUUUUAAAAUUGUGACCCAAAGAAUGUCUUUAUUUGCACUAUCUGUCAGAAUAGCUAGAGAGAAUUUACUGUAUAUUUAAGAAAAUUAAUUAUAAUAGGAAAACAUCCUAGGUAGUAACACUGUCCAGGUGUAUCUUUAUGCCAGAGUUAGGGCAGUUAGAUUAUCAAAAGUAAGCUGUAAUCUGUGAUAUGUUAGAUGAUUAUUUCUUACAAAGAUAUUUAAGUGUAUGUAUUUUGUAAUUGCAGAUAAUUUAAGUGAUGGAAAUAAGUUUUGGAUAUGUGAAUACUGUUUAUUUUUAUUCAUUGCUGUUUCUUUUUAACUUUUUAGUACCUUGUAAUUUGUGAUGAGUAUAGCACACCAUCUCCCUGAAUUGCUUUUUUGAUCAGGAGGAAAAGCAAUGAAGGGAAACAAGGCAUCUCUGCAUUUAACACAGAUAUAUGUGCUAAGGGUGUCUUAUCAUGGAAUAUUUGAGAGCUAAGGUAAUGUUUGCCUUAUGCCUAAGUUAGCCUUACAGCAAAGUGAAUUGCAGUGGGGAUGCACUGUAUUUCAAAAUGUUACUGAAGUCAUAUUAAAGUGCCACUGAGCCUAUUUUUUAAAAUGUACUGAAUGUUUGGGGAGGGAAGGGAGGGGUAUGUUCAGGGACUUUUGCCGAAAGUGUGCUGUGAGUGGGUUUUUUGGGGGUGGGUGGGGCUGGUCUAAGGAAUUAAGGAAAAAAACCCACCAGUGAAACCGGAGGUGCUGGAUGAUAUACCGUCCAAAGUUAAGUGUUUUUUCUUUUCUUCUAUUUCUCUGCUGAUAUUCUGGACUGUUAUAAAGGAAAAAUACACUUACAACCUUAGUAUCCAGAUGAUUUUUUUUUUCUGUCAUGUGUGUAAACCUGUACUCACUUCAAUGCAGAAAGAGAAAAAUAAAUUUUUAAUUGUA